AUGCCGAGCCAACGGUCCAGACUGCGUUCGAUGCAGGCCCCUCGGGAGGAUGACAUAGUAGUAUGGACAACAGGUUCACCGUCGCCGGAAAUUGACGGGGUUCCGUCCGAGACGCACAGUGGCUGGGAGAGAUGGCAUCGUAGCAAUGAGAGAACAAACAUUGCAGCGCCAAUAUGUCUGCAGUGCGAUCCGGCAACUGAAGCUCUCGUGGGUCUGCACGGAGAGCCGUCGGAUCCAGCUAUGAUUGCAAGGGAGCGCGGACACGACACGUAA